UUCCCGGUAUCAUUGUCAACAUCGGUAAUCAUUCAUCGAUCCUAUACGCUUUAUUCGAUAUCUGAGACGAUGAUACCAUAUUGUCCCUCCUAAUUCAGCUAUGCCACGAAUAGGCCGACGUCUAAUGGGAUUCCGAGCGUAUUUCCCACCAGGGCUAUUGUCUGAUAUGUUCAAACCUUCUGGUAAAUGAACAGCGUAUUUUCUCAGUUAUACUAGAAGUACAUUUUUGUUCGUUCGAUUGAAUAUUGCAAUUGGACGAAUUGAAUUACCAUGGUAACUAAUCCCAGGCUUCGUCUCAAGAACCUGCUUGACGAGAAGAAAGUGAUCAUUGCGACUUUCAUGACUCUUAAGGGGGUGAGAACGGCACAGAUAGUUGCUCAGACUGGCGUUGACGCUGUGAUAAUCGAUUGUGAACAUGGUAACAUAAGCGACGCCGAUAUGCAUGAUAUGGUCGCCGCGGUAUCCGGGUUGGGCGUCUCCCCAGUCGUCCGCAUACCAGGUCAGGAUGGAACGGUCAUUAAGCGAGCCCUGGAUACGGGAGCCCACGCGAUAUUGGUACCCAUGGUCAACACGGCCCAGGAAGCGGAAUCAGUCGUGAGAUUGGGCAAAUUUCCUCCUGCUGGCGUAAGAGGACAAGGAUCUCCCUUUGCACGUAUAGAGUAUGGGUUCAAAACACCCUCCGAGUACAUCGCUACGGCGAAUGAAAACGUAAUCACAAUGGUUCAGAUUGAAACCGCGAUGGCGGUGGAAAAUGUCAAUGGGAUUGCCCAGGUAGAUGGCGUCGACCUCCUAUUCAUCGGCCCUAAUGAUCUUGCGUUGUCCAUCUUGGGAUACACCCCGGCCAAGUUUACCGAGAUCGCAUUUCUCGAAGCCAUUGAUAAAGUAGUCGCGAGCGCGAAGAAGCAUGGGAAGAAAGUAGGUAUAUUAACAGCGGACGGUGAAGCGGCGAAAAAGGCGAAGGGGCGCUUUGACCUUGUGGUUGUCAAUGGAGAUGCGAAGGCAAUGAUGGCCUGGUAUGAAAAAGAAUUGAAGAUUGCUAGGUCUUGAUCAAUAUGGUGGCUGUCUCAGGCAGAAGAUAACCAAAGUUGUAAAAAUCACAGCUCCCAGAUUUCGGAUGUAUCCGAAAAUAUUUUGCAUCUGGAAAACUUUGUGUAACACGAGACGGAAGCGAUCCGAAAAUAUCUCCAAGGGCCUAGGAGAAACUAAGUACCAACCCGAUCCCAUAUUCA